AUGAACUACCUCCGUAGCAUCGGCGGGUCCGUCUCGUCGACCUGGAAUUCCCUCAACCCCGCCACCCUCUCUGGAGCCAUCGACGUAAUUGUAGUCGAGCAGGAGGAUGGCUCGCUCGCCUGCUCUCCCUUUCACAUUCGCUUUGGAAAGUUCCAGCUGCUGCGGCCGUACGAGAAAAAGGUGGAGCUCACGGUGAAUGGCGAGAAACGAAAUUUCCCCAUGAAGGUUGGCGAGGGCGGCGAGGCCUUUUUUGUCUUUGAGACGCAGGACAGCGUGCCGGAGGCACUGCAGACCAGUCCGCCCGUGUCACCCGUAUCGAGUCCCACCCUCCACGCCAGUCCGCCCGAAACACCCGCACUGCAAGAGCCAGAUCCCUUUGAUUUGGAACAGCCAAGCGGACUUCCUCCCAGUCCCCAAUUACCUCCUCGCGGUCAUGGCCGCAGCACGACCGAGGGCAUUUCCUUUCCCUUGCCAAAUCUCGCCCGCCGCGCCAAAAGCGAUGCAGGCGAAGUCGGCCUUCUGUCCACUUCUCCACCGGAACCCUUGGCUAGGCGUGUCUCUUCUGGUGACUUCACCUCCUUCAAUGAGCACGCGGCGCCAAAGCUGGAACGUCAGGCGUCCGACUCAGUCCUCCCGGUGGCCAAAGCCGCGAUUGAUAGCCAUCUCGAUACUAGGGAUGGUCUCUUGGCUGCUGGUACAUCCCAUGUCUCACCAUCACUGCACAAGGAUGCGCAUCAAACUAGAAACGAUGGCUCGGAAACACACGCGCAGAACGAGGCGCGACUGCGGGCCAUGGCCUUGUCCAAGAAGCUGUGGAGCAGCAACAUCAGCAACCAAGUGACGGACUCGGGAGACCUCAUGCUUGACAUGGGYGCCUACAAGACCGGAAAUCUAGAGGCUCUGCAGGCAGAAGGCAUAGCACGCCAGCUCCUGUCGGAGGAGCUAGACGGACCGUACGACAUUGGCGCACUGAUCGGUGCGGACGAAAAGGGCAACAUUUGGAUAUACAGCAGCGAAGAGGCUAAGGAGGCCGCGGACAAGCGUGCUGCUGCCGGUAUUGGCAACCUCAUUCCCACCGCAUACGCUUCCACGGACGCUCUGUCCGAUCCUGGUUAUCACAGCGACGAUGCGCAGAGCAAUGGAUCCAAGUCCGACUACAUGCAUAGCAGACGAGACUCCGAUAGUGCCGUUGGUCUUCCUUCCCAGCCUAGCUCACCUGGAGUAUCGGGCGAUCCUAACAAGAACUACGCCAAAACAUUGCGUCUCACGUCUGACCAGCUCAAAACGAUGAAUCUAAGGUCCGGCGCCAACACCAUGUCCUUCACCGUCAACCGUGCGACAUGCACCGCAACGUUGUGGUAUUGGAGACACGAUGUUCCCAUUGUUAUUUCAGACAUUGAUGGAACCAUCACCAAAUCUGACGUUUUAGGUCACGUUCUCAACACAAUAGGCCGAGAUUGGACACACGCCGGAGUCGCAAAGCUGUACACUGAGAUUGCAUCAAAUGGCUACAACUUCCUCUAUCUCACCAGCAGAAGUGUUGGACAAGCAGAUACCACCCGCGCAUACCUCAAAGGUGUCGUGCAAGAAGGUUUCCGACUUCCUCCUGGACCCGUCAUCCUCAGCCCGGACAGAACCAUUGCCGCGCUGAGGCGAGAGGUUUACCUGCGUAAGCCAGAGAUUUUCAAAAUGGCAUGUCUUAGAGACAUCAUGGCUCUCUUUGCCGGUCAUGGCGGAGCGAACAAUGUCACCGAGACUGCUGUGGAAGCUGGACUAAAGCCAUUGCCUCCUGGUCUUGGAACGGGCAAGGGUAAAAGUGGAAGCCCAUUCUAUGCUGGCUUCGGGAAUCGGUUGACGGACGCGCUAAGUUAUCGGAGUGUCAWCAUUCCGAGCAUUCGGAUCUUCACCAUCAACUCCAACUCAGAGAUCUCUCUAGACUUGCUAAGUCUGAAUAACUACAAAACUGCAUAUAGCACUAUGCGAGAGAUUGUUGAUCAUUACUUUCCACCUGUUGGGCUACUGGUCAAAGGCGGUGGGGAAGAGUUCACAGACUUCAACUACUGGAGAGACAAGCCGCUGGACAUUGCAGACUUCACCGAUUCCGAAGAUGAGGAUGCUCCGAUCGAUGCCGCUUUAAAUCGUCUCAACAAAGUGGAUACACGAGGCGAAGGCAGCGUACUUAGUGAGGACGAGAUGGGCGACAGUCUGUAUGCCACUGAUGCGGGACGGCCAAGUCUAGAUCAAUCUGUUGCCGAGAGCUUUGCGGAUGACUACGACGGCGAGCAGGAUCUCCGAGAUUCAAUGUUGCAAUCCGAGUACGAAGACGAAGCGGAAGGCUACGAGGAUGAGGAAUCUGAUCUUGAAGACGACGAGGAUGGUGGGAUUGAGCUCGAGGAUUCGAGGGGUGGCGCACACUCUCCUGUUGCCCCCAGAACACCACAGCUCAGCCCUGCCAAGCUGGAGGAACCCCGUACGCCAAGAUCUGCAGUAGAAAUUGACAGCCCGAGUCGCCUAGGUCGUGUAAAGGACAAGGUCGCUGGUGGACUAGGAUUCGGGGAGGGAUGGAAGAAGUGA